AAUGGAAUACACAGGAAUAUGAAUUGAGUCACUUCAUUCCUACCCAGUUCUUUGUAAUUGUAGAACUACGUAGCUAGCAGGAAGGAUGUAAAAUGUACGCAGUUGCUUUGAACUCUACCUCAAGAUUAGUGCUUGCAGUAGCAGACUUUUGUGUUGGGUCUGUGCACCAGUUGCUUUAUGUGCUCUUGACAUUUUGUCUACUUGUUCUUUUGUUUUUUAAGGACUGAUUAUAUUGGGAAAUGCCAUGCUUAAUUUUUACACCUGUUCAGUUUUGUGCUCAGUGUCUCGUACCUCAGUAAAAUGUGUUGCGCGUUUAACAAAAAAGUGACUGAGGAUGGGGAAAUUCUCAUCCAAGACACUAGUUUCGCUUCUCUGAAACAAGCAAAUCUCCCAUGUCUUUUUGCUUUGGAAAAUGUUUCUACCAACGAUUGUAAUUCUUCUUUUGUAACUAGAGAAAGAAGAGACUUGCACAAUUUGGAAAUGAAGUUUGUUUGGGGAAUUCAUCCUAAUGCACUGGCAUAUUCCAUGACUACAUUAGGUGCUGGAAUGAUGAACAGUAUCUUUAAUUUCUACUACGUUAAGCUUUUCCUAAACCAAUACAAAAUUUCAGAAGUAGCGUUUCAUCAAGCACAGGUGGUAUUUAUGAUAUGGAAUGCCAUUAAUGAUCCUCUUUUUGGGUAUAUUCAAGACAACUCCAAAUUCGCAUGCUGCUCAAGACGUCAGUUUUCAAUUUUAUAUGGAGCUCCCUUGUAUGCGUUAGCCUUUUUGCUUCCUUGGUUUCCUUGGAAACAGUAUGAGGAAGGUGACUGGCUAAGCGGUCUUCACCUUAUUGUUGCUUUAUGUGCUUUUGAUGGUUUGCUUACGUUUGUGCUUCUAGCACAAUGCGCGCUCUUUGCAGAAAUUUCCACAAGACAUGAAAGUAGGCUUCAGCUUAUUAAAUAUAACCAAGUAGCAACAUUAAUUGGAUCAACAAGCAUUCUCUUCUGUGGUCUAAUAUCAGACAACAUGGAAAAGUUUGCCUGUUUUCAGGCUUUUACUGUUUUGGUUGCAGCGUUGGCAACAGCUUGUAUGUGUUACACAGGCAAAUAUAGCACAAGUCAGUAUGAGCAGAGAGAAGUUCUUACGGAGAGCGCUACUCUGGAAAAUGGUGAUGGAGCUCUCUCCUGGUCCUCUGUAAUUUCAUUAACCAAACAGAUUAUGGCAGAGAAAAACUUAUUUUUUGUAACUAUGAACUUCUUCCAAGUCUUCCACCUUGCCUUUUGCAACAAUUUUAUGAUGAUCUUUGCGGAUAAUCUCAUUCCUAAGGAUGUCCUUUCUUCCUCAAUAAGAAGUGUCAUGUAUGGAGCAGGCUUUAUUUGUCCUCAGUGCCUUGUUCUUCUCAGUCAUGCUUCAUUGAAGAAGUUUGGUUAUUACAGAAUCAUCUUGUUUUCCUUUUACUUUGAAGGAAUAGCUGCUGCUGUCAUGUUUUUUCUAGGGCCAGAACACUCUUACCUCUUGGCGUUUUAUCUCACAGCAAACAUGGUAAUUGUACAAGCCUCAUUUAGUUUGUUCAAUCUGCCCUUGGCAGACAUUGUUGAUGCAGAUUUAAUCAAACACAAACGGAGGUCACCGCUUUCCUCUAUGGUUUUUGGUACCAAUGCCUUGUUUACCAAGCCUGCCCAGUCUUUGGCUCCAAUGCUUGUGGUUACAAUUUUAAAUCAAUUUGGAUAUGAGAACCUCAGCAAUGAAAUUGCUCAGCCUGAUCCAAGUUUGUUUUUAGGUCUUCAUGAUGCCAUGUUCUGUUUGAUCUGUCUGGUUCCACUUUGCAUUGCAGUCAUACAGAUCCUGACGUGGACUCGCUUUUCAAUCCAGAAUAGUCACUUGACCACUGUGCACUAAAUAGUGUUUAAUAGUUGGUCUGUAAAUCUUCUGCUGAACUGUACACAAGAGAUGUAGUACGUUUUAAAUGUGAAAAAGGAAAACUGCAUUGAAUGGACUAUUAGACCAAACACAGUUUGAGCCGUUUCAAUAAAGUUGGAUUCUUCGGUGUAUGUAGAAUAUAAUACCGAACACAUUCAGCCUUAA